ACAUAGAAAGGGGCCCCAAAAGGCAAAUACCAAACUAGGAAGAAUCUCUAGUUGGGAUUUCAAGACUCCUCUCUUCAUAUUCAUAGCUUUUAUCUCAAACCCCAAAAGAAAAGCAAAGAAAAAAUGAAAAAAUGAGAAAAAAACCAUAGAAAACUACCUUUCUUUCCUUCCAUCCCAAAGAAAGAAAACCCACCUCUGUUCGCAUCUUCCCGUUGUAGAUGCCUGUGGUUUUCCUCUGAAGAUGGUCCAAAGAAAGGUAGGCAACAAGCUUGGAAUCCAAGCUGAUCAUGUUAGUAAGACCGAGAAGCGUUUGGGGAACCUCAAACCGGGGUUUUCCCAGCACCAGGAUGGCAGAAACAGGGCUGCUGACAUGAAGAAGAAAAUGAAGAAAUCAAGAUCAAUCAAGCUUUCAGAUAUUGAGAGCUUAAGAUCAUCACCUCUGCAGCCUGACAAGCCGCCUCCUCUCAGUGCCCAACCAGCUGCAGCAAAGCAAUCUGUGAUCAGGCCACCUGAUGGGUCGCCAAAUUAUAUGAAGUCCACCAGCUGUUCUGAUGCAAGGAAGGAGAGUUCCCAGGUGAGUCCCCGGAGUCCUCAAACUGGUUCUGGCAGUGGGCGGAGGCUUUCAAGUAAUUCAAAAGUUUGCUCCGCUUCCACCCAUAGAACUGCAAGAACAUCAAGUUUGAAACUGGUGAAGACCUUAACAAAGAGUCCUAGCUUUAAACCGGUGAGAGCUUCUACCAAGAAGUGCUCCAAGGUUGCUCUGUGUGCAGAUAUGGAUGCACAUGGAGCUACGUGUUCUUCAACCCUGAAAGAUUCCAACUUUCCUGAAUAUCUCAUGCUCAAUCCUGGGGGAACUGAAUAUGAAGGAACUUCAGUUAUCAAGGUUUGCCCUUAUACUUACUGUUCUCUCAACGGUCAUCACCAUGCUCCUUUGCCUCCAUUGAAGUGCUUCUUGUCAGCAAGGCGACGUGUGCUGAAGACCCAGAAGACUAUGAAAUUGGAAGCUCUAUCCCCGCGAAGAGCUAAGCUGCCUGGUGAUGGCAUGAAAUCAAUUGAUACUGCGCAGGUGAUCAUUGAUGGGAAACCUGCCAUUCAAGAAGUUGAUUCAGGUAGCUCAGCAGUGUCCCCUCUCAUACAAGAAGUUGGCAUGGAUUUUUUCAUUGAAAUCUAUGCUAAAAAUAGAGAUGACUCUGCUGAAGCAAUUGGAAGCAACAUACCUGAUCAGGAUGAUAAGGAGAUAGUUGAUGUUGCUGGGGAAACUGGACAUCUCAAUGACAUCAUGCCUUCAGUUGAAGAUGGUGAUGAAACGACAAAAGAUGAUGGGCAACUUGCAGACAGCGAAUCAGAUGAACCACCAGUCUCUGAGAUUGAUUCUGGGGACAAUCUGGAUCAGAACAGUGAUGUCGUUUUCGCUGAAACCUCUUCUGAACGAGACCAGAGGGCAGAGGAAGCAGAUGAAGACUAUCCACCUUCCUUGGCGCCAGGAGAAAUCACUCCUGGAUACAGCAGUGAUGGGUGGGAAUCAAAAUCUGAAGCUACUGAUAUGGACUGGGAAGAGGGGCAAUUUUCGGCCCAACAUCCUGAUAAUUCAACUCAAGGCAACGAUGAGUCUAAUUUGGGAAGCGGUUACCUGGCGGAGAUCAAGCAUCCUGAUUUGCAUGAUGAACCCACCUCCAAGCCAGAUGAUAUUAUCAGCAAGUGCUUUGAGGAGAUUUUUUCUGAAGUACAGCAAGAGGUCAUUGAAGAUGAAAGUUCAUGCUUUGAAGUGCAAUUCAGCGACAGUGAUUCAGAUUCAGAUAGCAUAGACCAGAAUUUGGAGAAUGAUGAAUCUAGCCAAAUGUCCGAGAGCCCAAAUGAAGAGCAAAUUUCUUCAAUUUUCAAGGAAGUAGCAACUCAUGAAGACGAAGAUGGAAAGGCCGGGAUAUCUGAUUUCUUCAGCAUUCAUAUUGAUUCAUCUCCAGUUGAAGAGGCAAUUGACGAACCAGUGGCAGCCAAUAAUGAGAAGAGUGGAGUUUCUGAAGCAGGGUCUUUAAUCCUGGAGAUGUAUCCCCAACUUGGGGAUGUUGAAGCCACCGGUGACAUUGAAAUUGCGGAUAAACCUAUGAUUGAUCAACAGGAGAGUGGAUUUCUUCAAGAUGAUGAUGCAAAUGUGCAGCUCAAGAACCAAGGCUCUGAUUCGUCUCAAGAUUUUGUCCUGGAGCAGGAACUCAUCAAUGGUGGUGAUGAAGGAGGAAAGGAAGAGAAAGAACAAGCGGAUAGUGUUGCUGAUAACUGUAAAUCAAGUCAAGCAUUUUCUGAGGAAAGCCUUCUUGCAGAAACUCAGGAUCACCCAUGUGACAACAAUGUUGAAGACAAGAUUGACUCUAAGGAGGAUAAAGCUCAAGCUGGGAAGUUCAAAAUCACGAGUUCCAUGGAUUCGGAGGAACACGGUGAUUCAAAAAUGAAGAAAUCUGCUUUAGCUGAAAACAGUGAUGGAGAGGUUGAUAACAUGGAAGUGGAAGAUAUAACCGAACCAGAAGCAGCAGAUACACGCCUCAGUUCCAACAAUACAACCAACUCAGAAGUCAGAACUGCAUUCUUCCCUGCACGACGCAACACCAACCAAGAACUAGUCACAACCUCCAAUAAGCCAAAAGGAGCAAUCAGACGCAGGAGACCUGUCAAGGACAAUGAAGAACCAAGAAGCUUCAAUCCACGUGAACCAAAUUACUUGCCACUAGAGCCUGACCCAGAAGCAGAGAAGGUUGAUCUCAGGCAUCAAAUGAUGGAUGAAAGGAAAAACUCAGAGGAAUGGAUGCUUGAUUUUGCACUCCGCAAGACUGUCACAGAACUUGCUCCAGCUAGGAAGAGGAAAGUGGCACUGCUUGUUGAAGCUUUUGAAACAGUACUCCCAUUGCCCAAAUAUGAAACCCGUAUCAGGCAUACUUCAGCAGCUUUUGCUCACCCAAGACCCAUUCAAGCCUGCAGCUGAUGCAGGUUUCUAAGGUGAUAAUCAGAGGAAGCAGCUUAUGUACAACACUAUAACUACAAUAAAUCGGUGAACUAAGUACUAAUAUAAUUUAUCCAAGGUCUGUGUCUAGGAGAAAACUACGGGAGCCAAAAGAUCAACUAACAAGUUCUGCAGCUCUUCUCCAGAAUCAGAUGCAAAACUUAUUGAAGGACCCAUGGUGAGAUGGAGAUUGAACUGCACAAACAGUACUGUGUUUCUCCUAAGCUCUGAAACAAAUGUUUAAGUUAAGAGCAUUGAUUUGAAUAUUUAUGUAAUAACAAUAGUGUGUGGGGAGUUUAGUUUUCUUGGUGUGAUAGUAUCUAUCUAUCCUUUGUUGCUGGAGAGGGCACAUAACCUCCAGAUAUUGGUAAUUACAAUACUGAUUGUUCGUUUAUUGUUAUUAUGUAUCGAUGACCAAUUGAGUUGUAUCAACAUAUAACUAAUAGUUUCUUUUCCCCUUAA